UCAAGACUAUAAAUCAUCCGGUGUUCUCUCGGCUGCACUCUCUCCUGGUUCUCCUUCUUACCUGUAAUAAACGUCCUACUGUGAAGCUGUGAUGGACCGCUGGACGGGCAGAGUGGCUCUGGUGACCGGAGCUUCGGUCGGGAUCGGAGCGAUUAUCGCCAAAGAGCUGGUCCGGUUCGGCAUGAAGGUGGUGGGCUGCGCAAGAAACGUGGACAAGAUACAGGCGCUGGCAGCAGAGUGUCAGACUGCAGGCUACAGCGGCGUCCUGAUCCCAUACAAGUGCGACCUGACCCGUGUGGAAGACAUCCAGUCCAUGUUCGCAGCCAUCAAAGCGAAGCACAAAGGCGUGGACGUCUGCAUUAACAACGCCGGCUUGGCUCACCCUGAGCAUCUGCUGAGCGGAAAAACCAGCGGCUGGAAGAACAUGCUGGAUGUGAAUGUUUUGGCUCCUACCAUCUGCGCUCGUGAAGCGUACCAGUCGAUGAAAGAAAGAAACAUUGAUGAUGGGCACAUCAUUAACUUAAACAGCAUCAGUGGGCACAUUGUAAUUAACAGCAGCGACGUCCAUUUCUUCACGGCCACCAAAUACGCCGUGUCCGCCUUGACUGAAGGCCUGAGGCAGGAGCUAAGAGAGGCCAAGACUCACAUCAGAGCUACAUCCAUUUCUCCUGGUAUGGUUGAGACUGAAUUUAUUUAUCGGCUCUACAGCGAUAACCCUGAGAAAGCUAAGGCAUCAUUUUCUCGCCUUAAGGCCUUGGAAGCAAUAGACGUUGCGAAUGCUGUUGUAUAUGCCCUAAGUGCCCCUCCUCAUGUUGAGGUCGGAGAACUUUUGUUCCGACCUGUGGAGAUGCAAAUGUGAUCUUACCACCAUACGAUGGCUACAUUGUACAUUCACUCAUUCUACAUAUGAUUUCUGUUCUGCAUCUAUGAAAUGAAUGACUGUAAUCGCUAUUCAAAAGAAUAAAAGUCUAAUUUUAAGGUGAAA